AUGGCGCUCGUGUGUAUGCGGGAGGCGCAUCUUCGUGUGGGCUUCGAGCGGCACGGUCUUGUUUGCGUGCGGAAAGUGCACCCCCUGGUAUGGACAACGAUCCCGUGGACGGUCACGGCGAACAUGGGUAUUGCUGUCAAUCCAGAGAUGAUGCACAAGGCCGUAGCCGAGAGUGAAGACCCGACUGCUUCGGUAGACAUCUUCGCCGUUGAGCGCGAGACUGGACUGGUUGACAUUCUCGGGACAACGAACUCCAACGUUCCCGUGGUCGAGUUCCCAGGGUUGGGUCUCGUUGGUGCCACCUACCGUCCGUUAUUCUCGACCCUCAGCGACGCUGAGUCCGUCAAGUCGUUGCCCGUCGUACCUUCUUCGCAUGCUACUCCCAACACCAGAACAGGCCUCGUCCACUGCGCUCCAGCACACGGCGAUGAGGAUUACAAUGCGUUCCGCUCGGUCGGUCAUUUGUCGUCGACAUCCGAUGCGUCGUCGGGCGACUUGCUAUACCACGUGGAUGUGACUGGCCGCUUCACAAAGGGUGUCGCGGAUGUGGGGCAUAAGGCUGCGAAGGGUCUUGUUGGGCAUGCAACGUCGCAAUGGUUCGCCAACGCGGAUCAUAUCAAGGACGACGCACUUUGGGCGCGUACAAGUCCGGCAAGCUCGCAAACCGCAUACGAGAAGCCCGACGUACGGCUCGUUGUCACCAUCGUCCAAAUCGACCCCGUCUACGCGGGGUACAUCAAACGCAACAUCUGCAAGCUCCACGGAAACCUCGCCGCCCACCUCUGGCCUGGCAAGCUGUUCUAG